AUGACCGAUGUGGCCCUAGAAGAUCGAGCCCGACGCUAUGUUGAGGACAUCACACGCAGCAGGGAACCUGGAAACGAUAGUUGGAACAUCAAAGACUUGGAAACAUCCGUUCGAUAUCUCGCAGAUGAACUUUAUCGGAGUCAGACACACUUUCUUUUGGAGCUCUUACAAAAUGCCGACGACAACGAGUACAGCGCAGAGAAGGUGCCCGGAUUCUCUCUCGAAUACAAGAACUGCAGCCUACGGAUUCACUGCAACGAAGAUGGCUUUACCGACGCCAACGUUGAAGCCAUCUGUCGCAUUGGGAAGAGUACAAAGUUUAGAUCUGCUGAUGGAGGGAGAAGGUAUAUCGGUGAGAAAGGGAUCGGCUUCAAGUCUGUCUUCAAGAUCGCGAAGAAGGUCUGGAUAUCUUCUGGCAGUUACUCAUUCAUGUUCGAUCGUCAGAGGCCGCUCGGUAUGAUCACUCCUAUUUGGGCCGACUUCCCCGACGGGCGUUUGUCCAACAUCGGUACAUCCAUGCAUCUUGAGCUCUCAGAUGGUUGCGACGAGCAACAGCUAGGGAACGAGAUCAGAUCUUUUGACGCAAACACCCUAAUCUUCCUCACGAGUUUAAGGGAGGUUAACCUAGUUGUGCACACCUCGGGCCAGUCCACUGAAAGAAGGCUCCGUCGAGAGGACAGGCAUUCAGACACCAAGUCAACCGAAGUGAAGAUCUUCGAGAAUGAUAAUGAAGCUUUGCACUACCGCCUCUUCCGACAUACUGUCCACAACUUGUCGUCUGAACCAAAACGCCUUGGUCAGAUCGAGUCGGAGAUCUUGCUGGGAUUCCCCCUCUCAGAUUCACAAAGGGAUAGACCUCAAUCACAGCAGGUGUUCUCCUUUCUUCCCAUCCGGGAUUGCGGUUUCAAGUUCCUCAUCCAAGCAGAUUUCCUGCUCGUGGCUGGGCGCGAAGACAUUGACGGUUAUAGUGGGUGGAAUAGGGAGCUACUCAACUCGAUUCCGGAUGCCUUUGCAAACGUUGCCGAGUAUUUCAACAGCAGCACUAGUCUGCGUUAUUCGUGGCUCCAAUACGUUCCUAGACCAUCUGAAGUCCAGGCUGAUUUCCGGAUGCUCGGUCGCUCUAUCGUGAAGAAGCUCUCCAUUACACGUAUACUGGAGUCAGAGAGCGAUCAAAUGAGUCAACCUCGAUUACUAACAUAUGUUCCGAAGGAGUUUACACUUGACAACGGGGAGCCUCUGAGUCUGACUCAGGGCACCCGGCCUAAGUAUUUGUCCAGGAAAUACUCCCAUCGCGACGAGGAAAGCUUUAAGCUCUUGGGCGUCAAGAUUCUAAACUUUCCCGGCUUCGUCGAGGAUCUGGAUGACUCCCUUAGAGAACAAGCAGGGAAGGACCGAUCUCCAGAGUGGCAUUCAGCACUAGCCAAAGUUCUUGUUACACAGGAGAUAUCUCGUGGCGAUCGCGCCAAACUUGACGAGCUCCCAAUUAUACCGCUCCGUGACGGCCGUUGGGUUGCGGCAAGCAAAUGCGGCGAGUUGCUCUUCUUUGCCCCAGGUGAAACCCGAAUCUCGAUCCCAGAGGGAAUGAGUAUCAUGGAGGUCCAUCCGGAUGCCCUGAAAGAUCCAUUCCGGGUCACAUUAUUUCGGGGAUUGGGGGCGAAGCCUUUGGACAUACCGGCCAUCUGCAGGGCCAUUGUCAAGAUUCAUGCUUCGUCUGUGGACUCAUUGCCGAGAAAGGCAUUAGUUUCACAAGCUGUCUUUCUCUUCCGUUACUCGUCAUGGCGAACCCCCAUCGGUGUUGACCUGUGGGUCGCAACGGACACGGAAAAAUACCACCGGGCGUCCGAAGUUUAUAUCCACGCUUAUGAAGCCGGAGGGAAGAGGUUUCCCGUUCUGCAUAAAGACUACCAUGAAGCCGUACCGGAAGAGCUGGAGAAAUGGAGGCAAUGGCUCAAUCAGGAGAUUGGGAUAUGCACGGCUCCUCGUCUCGUUCGCCAGGUGGACGGCGGCAGGUUUUAUCUUUCUGACGAAAUGGAGCUGAUAAGAAGACACUGGCCUUCCACACGUUUUCUGAAGCUACUCAGAGACAAUUGGAAGACCUACUCGGAGUGGCUGGACCGCGGCGGAAGUAGCGGACAGCAACGAUCAUGGUUGUGGACGUUUUCGCGCAAUGAGUUGGAGCGUCAGCUGGGAGAAACGCGUGUGAAAUGCCGAGGUCAAACUGAUUUUUAUCCUUUGAGUAAGACCGUCCUCCUGUCAGUCUUCCCUCCAGACGCCCAAGAGAAAGCGGUGAAGUGUUUCCAAGUGCUGGAAAUCCCGGAGCCUGAGGACCAGUCUUGGUCCUUUCUGGAGAAUUUGGGCGUCAAAAUCAAGCCGAGCGUGAUACUCUACCUUGAAGCGCUGGAGGCCAUCCGGGACAGGGAACAACAGCCAGAAGAUUACGCUUGGCUUUAUACAAAAAUCCAGGACCUGGGGUCUGAAGAUAUGGCAGCGCUAAGGCAAGCCUUCUCCCGAAAUCCACUGGUGUUCAUCCCCCGCAGCACGUCUGGAGAAGCACGAUUGCUGAAGCCGGAUGAAUGUCUCUGGUGCGGCCCACCAGAAUUGCGCAAAAGGAGUGGUAUCUUGGAUAAGCUAUAUCCGUCCUGCCAAAGGCUCUUUCAAGAGUUUUUGGGAGUCAGAGAUGCAGACCUACAGACCAUCGUAACCGAGGCCUUGAAAAUCAUACCCACCGACGACUUGAGCUACAUUGUCGACUUGUUCGCAUGCUUGGAUAAAUAUACCAAGGGCAGUGGCUCUCAUCUGACAACUGAAAACAUGACGGCCUUCCGCACAACUGAGGUAUUCCCCAUUGAGCCGCCAAGUGACGGGAAAGAAGUCUCCGCAGCAUAUCACCUUUGUUCUUGUCACUCGGACUCAGACUGGUACAUAGCGGACCGUCGCCAUCUUCGUGAUGGGUUUCGUUGGAAAAUUCCACUGCUUGCUUUUGACAGCAAUCAGCUCGCAAAGAUGAAGUGGAUAUCUCAAUUGCCAGGCAUGAAAAGACGCUUACUUUCCGAGGUGGCUGUCUGUACGCCCCAGCCAGGAGUCCAGGCUACUUUGAAUGAUCAAUUUACGACUCUAGUCCGCGCUAGAGCCAAGUAUAUUGCGCGUCUGGUACCAGGUGACGACGUCAAGCAACGCAAAGCCUUGAAUCAACUGAAGACUGCCGAAGCUUACAGCACAAACGUGUUAUCGGUAGAAUGGGAAGUGAGAGGCCGCUCCGGCGCGGUUGCAGCCAGUUUUCAAGACAUCAGCGACGGGGUUGUCUUUCCAGAAGCAAAUAAACUUCGCAUCUACCUCAAGGACGGAGCAAUCCAUACCGUAACCGCAGCGCGGGCGUUGUCGACCUGGUAUCGAGUAGAGAAGAAACUUGAGCUUCCGCUCUGCUCAGUCCUGUCCUGGGACGAGUCAAGCAUUGAAGGCAAUCUCGAGCGGGAAGGAAUCUGGCCACCAUCAGUUACAGAACUAAACCAGGCUGAUGACCCUGGUGAUACCCAAGGAAGUCAGGACGCUAAAUCCAGCCCGGGAGUACCGUCACCGAACGAGUCGAGCGUUAAAGAAGAUAAGCUCACGCGGGAAGGAAUCUCGCUAUCAACAGUUACAGAAACAAGUUCGGCUGAAGACUUCGAUGAUGACCAAGGUCCAACCAGGAUCCCCCGAUCUAGCCCAGCCAUAAACAGCGCAGUGACAAAUGCAUCAGAUACGGGUGCAACAGAAGCGCCACAGGAUUACUUCGAGUGUUCUCCAGUGACUGAGCCCUCAUACGCUGAGCUCUCAUCGAUCUUUCUGAGCUCUGGGAUUACUGCUCUAUCCCUCAACAUAUCCCUGGGUAUUAUCGAUUUCCCGAUGCUCGACAACCCGACAAGACUCCUGAUGAUUCAUAUCUGUAUCUACAUGCUCAUACGCCAGAUGUAUCCGAGCAUACAUCUUUCGAGCUUUCGGACUGAGUCCGACGCCAUGGUCUUUUCAAGAGUUCCCGCCCUGACUUGUUUCUCCUCGACAAAUCCUGCCUGGAGUACUGCCGUUCAGGCCACGAUCAUGCCGGGGACUCUCCCUCGAAGCACUGCUCCCAGCUGGGACAAUCUCUUAUCGCCUGUUCCUACCCUUACCAGUUCUUCCCUGACCACUCACCCUCUGAGUAUUGCAACGCCGAGAACUCUCCCUCGAAGCACUGCCAGCCGGACUUGGUGGGACAAUGUCUUGUCGCGUGUUUUGACGGUGACCGAUGCUUCCUCGACCACUACUUCCUCGACCACUUCUUGCCCUCUGAGUAUUGCCAUUCCGAGGACUCUUCCACCUCCAUCAUCUGUCGUUCCGCUCAACGCCUUCAUGAAAACUUCCCCCGCGCAAAAUCUCGUUCUGAGCAAGCUCCCUGAAACCAUUCUGCUCUUGACUAUGGCCAUCUUGACCAUAGUCCUCGGUGUUCUGUCUUACGGACGCUUCGACGGUAGAGAACACGCAGACGAGGUUAUUGAAGAAAGCAUCAACGCUAUUGAGGAGACAGUGACUUUCGAAACAGUCCUCCCUUCUUUAGCGACGGGCAUCGUUCCGCCAAUAGAGGCGCAUUUCCCUUCAGACCCAGUCACUAGCAUCGUUCCCGCCAUGACGGCAGAGAACAUCGAGUCCACAGUCGAUGUGCAUCUUCUAGAAGAGCCGACAAGCCCAAUGAUAACAAACGGGAACCCCAACGACCAAGAUAGCACCAACACUGUCAGAGAACAACCUCCUCUUCGUCAUUACCGUGAACAUUGGCAGGCAGAGCCAUCGAAGAACCUGCAUGAUGCGGCCAGUCAGGCAGAGGAAUCCAUUGUGCAUGACCACCAAGAGCAGGUGGAUACCAUCUCACAGGAGGGCCCGAACCUUGUCGAGGACACUAAGAAGCUCUUGAAUUCGACAAUGCUCUCGCCUCCACAGAUGCUAAUGCCUGGACAUGGCCAAACUAACAACGACGGCUUUCAGCGCCGCGACGGAGCUUUCGCUAAGAGCUACCAGACAGGCCAAGACGGAGCCCAGAGCAAACGCUCUGAGAUGGGGUCAAACAUUUUUCAAGAGCACCCUGAUGAAGGGAACCAAAAAGACGACCACGGCACGCCUGAUGCGCAAAUUCCUGCGCAGAAUACAGAUAGCUUGUCGGAAACCGACAAGAACGAUGUCGCCGAGAAGAACGAACCCGUCAUCAUCAGCGAGGAAAGGCGAGGGGAAGAAUGGAAUGACCUCGAAUAUCCUCAAGACAUUAUGUUUACCGAAGUGGAAGCGAAACCAAAGGGUCAGUCGCAGGAGAAGAAACCCGAGAAUCGUGACGUAAAAUGCAAGCACGAGUCAAAGGUGGGUGGUCAUGACGAUCACAGUGCGAUGGAUCUAUUCGUAUCUGAUUCAGCGGAGGAGUCAAGCCCGGACGGCAGGCAGUCAGAUCCAGGCCAAGAGGUUGAGUGGCAGACGACACCAUGCGAGGGCCAUCUCGAGGACGGACAAGUUUUUCGCGAGAAUCAAGAGUCCGAAGAGCACUACUCAAGAAGGCCCCUCCGCCCAAACGUUCCGACAAUCACAGUUGACGAGGCAGAUAGCCAAAAUUCCGGUCAGCAAGCUGGUACGACUCCCAACCGCGAAACUGAAACAGCAGAGCAUCAGACCGGGAAGGCUGCGAACCAAAGCCGAUCAAACAUCCAGAUUACAGAAGACUGCCAAAGCACGAGCGUGUCGGACGCCGCCUUGACUACACUUCCAAUGAUGGACAAGGGCCCAAAGCUAAGGAGCGAGAACAAGGACGACUACAACUUUGUCAUGCAUCGCCCGAGACAAGUUGGGGACUUGUCGGUCGGAGCCACAGCCCAAGAAGUUCGAUCACACUCUGUUGGCGCCAGGGGGGGUGAAGUGCUGCGGCUGAGCAAUCGAGCCAGCCCACGGCGCAUUGUUCCACGCAACGACCAAACGGACGCGUCAGAAUUGCUCGACUUGUUCAUGUCUCGAUGCCUCGAGGACAGCUUUGUGAAUACAAACCGCGGCCUCUUAUUCAAUCCAUCUCCAUCAACAGUAUUCUUGGACGAGGAUACCCAGGACACCAGAUAUUUCGCUGAACUUUACGUAUCUCAGCUUCUAGGUUCGCUUCUCGGCCAAGAUUCCUACCAUCCUAAUGAGCACUGGACGAGCAGCAUGCGCUCCCGCAACGGACACAAACCGUAUGAAGAGAAAACCGAGGAAGAUAAUCAUUCCACUUUCACAAUAUCCGAGACUCGUGGCAAGCUCCGAGAUUCGACUAUUCGACGCUAUCAGAUGCUUGAUUCAGCGCUCAACGAGACGUGCAAAUUUCACAUACAAGUCUGCGCUACUAACGGGAACCUACAUGGGCCAUUUAGACUGUCGAAUGAGCAAUAUAAUAAGGCCAAAGCGAUGACUUUGAGUAGCGGCAAGACGAGGAAGACGAGACCCGACAAUGUGUUCGUCCUCGCCCGCGUGUACCAUGUCCGUACAAACCCGGGAAUCGCCUUGUACGCCGACCCUUGGCGACUUCACCAGGAGGGCUCUAUUUCAAUCGAGGCUGCUGGCUCCUUUCGAGGGAGCAUCUCGCCACUGGCCUCGGCCAUGCUCGUCGAAAGACCCACGGAGUCAAUCACGGCCUCGGAAACAGACAAGAUCUACAAAGGCCUCGAGAUUCGUGCGGACCAGAUUCGGCUGCUAAAACUCGACCUCGACGGCGAUGGGAACUCACGGCUGAAAGGAAAGCUCAUGGUAGCGUCGUCAUUCAAGCACAGCAUGCCUUUGGUUAAGUUCUGUGCGAUAUCUUAUGUCUGGGGUGCCGAGCCCACAAAGCUUUCGCCAUUCCAAUUUGUGGUAAAUGAUGUGGAAAUCCCCAUCACAGAAUCUUUAUGGACAUGCCUCCGCCGCCUUCGCCGUGACGGCGUAAAUGACUUGAUAUGGGCGGACGCCGUCUGCAUCAAUCAGAAGGACAACCUCGAGAAGAGCAUGCAGGUCCGCCGCAUGGGAUCCUUAUACAGCCAAGCCAAACGUGUGAUUGUCUGGAUCGGCAGCAGGAAGGACGACGACUGCGAUGCCAUUGGUCUACUCGAUAAACUCGGCAAGCAGCGUGGAUCGCGUCGAGGGCCAUGGGAACACGCAGUUCAAGCUCUUCUAUUGAGUGACGAGGAAAUAAUGCAGAUCAGCGCAUUUCUGCAACGGCCGUGGUUCACUCGGACCUGGAUCAUCCAAGAGCUGGUCUUUGGCUCCCGCAUCACCAUUAUGGACGAGAAUUCCCAAAUCGAAUGGGACGACUUUAUGGAAGGGGUCAUGGCGUUCGAGGAACAUGUGCAGCAGCUAUAUGCCGCUGGAGGAGCAACAGACGGGAAGCAACUACUAGUCACACAUUCGGAUCCUGCCCGUGCUCUACACCACACGCGACGGUGUUUGGAAGGCCACUCGGACCAACCUCGAGUGGGCCGUUUGAAGCUUCCUUUUCUGAGACUGAUCGAAAUGUUCUUCUAUACCAAGUCCUCCAAACCGCGCGACAAGCUCUUCGCCAUGCUCAACCUGGCAGCUGACACGAGCAGCGACGACGAUGCUUUUAUACCCGACUAUGAAUCAGAUGAUGCCGUCAUACUUUCGAGAUACGCCGAGGAGUUCGUCAAAAGGAAUCGCGUUCUCGAGCUUCUGUACCGGGCUGGAAGAGAAAAGGGCAGUCAGUUUUCGUCCUGGAUCCCCGACCUAAUGAACCACGAUGGAAAGCAUCACUAUGGACCUACCAUCUCCACAUGGAGAGCGGUUGGGACGAGAAAUAAGGCUGGAUUCAGCGCAGGUGCAUCCCUUGACCCGAAUCCCAUCAUAAGCAACCCAGGACUCAAUCCCGUUCUAUCCAUCACAGGCAAGAUGUUCGAUACCGUUCAGAGCUGCCGAUCUCUCCCCAUCGGCCCCGGCGCGGAAACCAUCCGUUUCAGCAACACUCUAGAAGAGCUUCGCCAGCACUUGUCCUUUCUCCAUUACUACCCGAACCUGGAAAAGCACUGGCACGACCAUGUGCUUAUCAAGAUCCUCAUCGGAGAUGCUGUCGGCCCACAAACGAGGACACACCUCCCCCCAUUGGAGAAGAGCCGGGAGGAGGAGAACCCGCCUCGAGUAUGGCCGCAAGGUUUUGAAAACGAGAUUCUCGCCCUGCGUCCUGGCCGGGAUGCGCGGCAACACCUCUCCGAGCCAGAUGAGGUCCAGCAGCGACGAAACCAAUUUUGGGAGACGGUCGCUGCCUUCCUCGGGAGGAUUCCCGACGCAGCGGCCUGUCUUACCACGAGAGGAUAUGCGGGAGUCGUGCCCGGAGGAACCAAGCCGAAGGACAACAUCUUUCUGGUCCAUGGAGCUAGCGUGCCGUUCGUGCUCCGAAAAAGACCUGGCACCAAGUUCUAUGACCUACGAGGAGAGUGCUACGUUCAUGGGGCCAUGUAUCACGACGGACAAGCUGUUGGCAAUCUGAAGGACGAGGUAGUAUCCUUGGUGUAGGUUUAGCGAGCAGGAAAUGAGACACGACACUCGGAAAAAGAUACAUGAGAGAGAAUGGUUGUCUACCUGGAUUACUCGAGAACGAAAAACCUCAUUGCCACAUGCGGCUUGGUCCCAGAGGGUGAGCGAAGGCUGCUUUAACCUGAGCUCUAACUGAGCGUUUAGCUGAUCAUCACUGAUACUCCCUAAGUACUGUUGUAAUGGGAAAGGUUGAGAGGCUUGAGGUGAUAGGUGGACGAGCGACGAGGUUGGGUGAUUUGCCUUUACAUUGUAC